AAGCGAAAAAUGAGUUACAAAGGCAUUAUUUAAAAUUUAGUGCUUCAUUUUACCAAUUUUUAAUAAAACAGAAUAAAACACACCUUCGGUCAUAAUAUCGAUAUUUGAAUGUUCCAGCCAGUUCUGGCAUUUUCUAGUAAUUUGAAAAAUCUAGUCUGAUUGGUUCUUUGCACCGCUCGUAUAUUUCUGAUUGGUCAAAUAUGCGCAUAGCUUCUAGAAAUUUCUAGAAACUAAGAAAACCUAUAUAAGAACGGUAUGAAACGGCUGCAGCAGUUUCAGUAGAGAUAUCGUGAGUGAAAGCAGUAGAGUAUUGUAAGUGAUUGGUGACUGAUUACCUGCGUUAUAAAGUAACCGCUUGUGUUAUUAUUAAAAGAAAAGGUUUAAGAGACUAUCAAGAUGUCUAUAAUUCCAUUAAUUUGGACAGAUCGAUUAGGCUAUCACCCUUCAAGACUGUUGGGUCAACAGUUUGGAAUGGAGGUGGACGACGAUGAUAUUUUCCCACCUAUAACAGCUAUCACCAGAUCUCUCCUCAAUACCCCACAAGUAUUACCACAAUCCAGAUCCAAUUAUGAACCAAUUAAGGCAGAUGAAGAUAAGUUUCAAGUUAAUGUUGAUGUACAGCAGUUUGCUCCAGAUGAAAUAACUGUAAAAGUUGAUGACGAUAAAAACACAAUAACUGUUGAAGGGAAACAUGAAGAAAAGCCCGAUGAACAUGGAUAUAUCUCCAGACAUUUUGUUAGAAGAUAUGUUAUCCCAGAGGGACAUGAUAUGAAGAACAUACAGUCAAAUUUGUCGUCUGAUGGCGUGUUGACGAUAGCCGCCCCAAAAAUUAAUCAGGAAGAUAAGGAUAGUAGAGUGAUUCCAAUACAGCAAACGGGAAGACCUUUUAAAAAUAAGAAGUUCAAAAACAAAAAGUUUGCAGCAUCAAGAGUAGGAAAACAAAAUACACCUGUUAAACGCAAUCCUAGGCAUAAGUAAUCUAGAUGUUGCUUCUAUUUCUUUUAAUAGUAGUUGUAAUUUAAAUUUAAUUAUUAUAGUAUUGUAUUUUUAAGUGUGAAUGCUUGUUUUCUUUAUAGUAUUGAGUCUCAUUCCAGAUUUUGAAAAUGUUUGUAUUGAAAUGGUACAAUUUUUAGCAAAUAAACUUAUAUAAAGAGGAA